GCGACACGGCGGAGGCUGCAAGGCGGAGAAGAUGACGAGAGAGACGCGGCACCACCGUUGUUGAACAUUAACCGACGACUGGACAAAACAACAACAACCACCGCCAUUCAGCCACUAAGUGUCGGUGACGUUCACUACGACGCUCGUGCCAGGCCACGUGCGCGUCGAGGCCACGUGCAGCGUCGAACGCCCUGCCGCGACGAAACACCGCGCGUGCCCAUUUUAUCGUCCGUCCGAUCGUCUCCCCACCAUGGCCGGGCUCAACCCGAGGAAGAAACGACGGAAGGAACGGGACGACGCGAGCGAGGUGUCCUCGCACGUCAAGUUCGACGAGGUGGUCGUGUAUUUGGUGGAGAGGAGGUUGGGUGCCAGCAGACGCCAGUUUCUCUCGGCUCUGGCCAGGAGCAAAGGCUUCCGCGUGGAUAACCGCUUUAGCGGCGCGGUCACACACGUGGUGUCUGAGGGCCUGUCUGCAGACGAGGUGCUGAAAUGGCUGGGGCAGAACGGGGGUGCUGAUAUCUCUGCCGCCUCUGCAAAGCCGACGUUGCUUCACAGCACUUGGCUUACUGCCAGCAUGGAAGCCAACCAUCCCGUCUCAGUGCAGCCAACACACAUAUUACAGGUGAGCCCCACUGACGUUUCAACUCUGCCGCAAUGCGCGCAGCUAUCAACCAUUGCUCCGUACGCCUGCCAGAGGAGGACCCCCUUGGAGCAGCCGAAUCAACGGUUCACGGAUGCCCUGCAGACCCUGGCAGAGAAUGCCAGGUUCGGCGAGAGUGAUGGACGGGCCCUGGCCUUCACACGGGCAGCAUGUGUCCUCAAAUCACUGCCAAGCCCCCUGAGCAGUGUGCGGGACCUGGACGGGCUGCCGGGAGUGGGCGAGCACUCGCGCGCUGUCAUCAAGGAGCUUCUAGAAGAACAAUCCUGUCCGGAGGUGAACCGUGUGCUUUGCGAUGAACACUACAGAACGAUGAAGCUUUUUACCAGCAUCUGGGGUGUUGGGGUCAAGACGGCAGAGCGGUGGUUUCACAAUGGACUUAGAACCUUGCAGGAUGUCAGAACUAAGCCUGAUCUAAGGCUUACCAAGGAGCAAGAGGCAGGGGUGGCCCAUCACGAAGACUUGAUGGAGCCCGUGACCAGCUAUGAAGCCAAGGCUGUGUAUGAGCUCAUCAAGGACACGUGUUCCUCACGCCUUCCUGACACCAUCGUCACACUCACUGGUGGAUUUCGCAGAGGCAAGCCCAGUGGGCAUGACGCGGACCUGCUCAUCACUCACCCAGAGGAGGGCCGAGAGAUCGGGCUGCUGACCUGGCUGCUGGAGGAACUGCAACACCAGGGAUACAUCCUUUUUGCAGACUACAAGAAGAACACGUACCAACAAUCUAAGGCUAAAAUGCACAGCAGCAGCAGCAUGGAUCAAUUCGAGCGCUGCUUCACCAUUUUCAAACUUCCCUCGGACUUAGUAAAAAGUGCAAGCGAAGGGGCGAGCGGGCGCCGUGACACGGAACAUCCGGCGGUGGCGGCGGCGGUGGCGGUGGCGGUGGCGGCGGCGGCGACUCGGCACGAGAGCUCAGCAGAUGGCGAAGGAGGGGCCGCGUGCCCCGCCGAGACCGACGCAUCAGCGGAGGAGGCGCCUGUCUCGGAGCGGCCACGGUGCCCGCGCAGGAGCUGGAGAGCCGUCAGAGUGGACCUAGUUGUUUGCCCUCACAGACAGCAUGCGUUUGCCCUUCUGGGCUGGACGGGCUCCCAGCAAUUUGAAAGGGAUUUGAGACGAUACGCCAGCCACGAGAAGAAGAUGAGUCUCAACAGCCACCACCUGUACGACCAGACACAGAACACGUUUUUGAACGCAACAACGGAACAACAGAUAUUCAGUCACCUGCAGUUGCCUUUUGUGGAGCCUUGUUUCCGCAAUGCUUAAGAAAAAGAUUCAAUUGGAAGCCAACUGAUUUUUUUUUCCCUCCUGUGUCAAGUUCACUGAACAAUUACAACGCACAACCAUUAUCUCUACACAGAUGUGCAUGCAUGCGUACAAUUGUGCAAUGUCAGGUUUUUGUGUACAAGGUUUGUAAGCGGUUAAAUUACAGUGCUCAUUAAAUGACAUUACCUUAAUUCAGCUCAAGUGUUACAGAUAUGCGCAGCUCUUUGAAAUGCACGGCAAAUUAUUCUGAUCCACGGCAAAUUGAGUAGCAGCACCGCUAUUUUUAGCAUUAAUUGUUAAUGUUUGUGACAUCCUAUCAAAACCUAGACACGAGAUGUACGCUAUUCAGGUCAACAGAGAUUAUUCAUUACAAUUUUUCUUAUUUUAUCCCCUUCAUAUGUUUUUUUUUCAUGCAUUGUCACCUUUGUGACACCCAUUUUACCCAGGGAGCCACACGGCCGCUUUGUUUCUUAAAACGUUAACAAGCAAUUUACGAGCGUUCCUACACUUGUGUGACAAUGGGUGAUGCUUCAUUAUAGCCGGCGGCGAGGGCUGCCUUGGAAGGAGAAAUAAAUAAAUAUAAACCGCCCGCAACAGCAACACGGUGGAAGCGCAUGUGUACCUUUGUUCAAUCAAUCGGUGCCUUUAAUUCAGUUGGUAAAGUAGCAGCGGAAUGUCCUUUAACGGUGACACGAGAUUGGCUGCCGGUUGAUCCUGGCCGAGCGGUCCGCGCGUUUGCCGCUUAUUGAAGAGGUUUCUUGGUUCGAGCCCCAGCGGCUGCCCUGGGUAAAAAUACGUCGGAUGCGACACUAACGCGUGCACCCCGUCUGCUUCACAAGUUGAACGGACAGAUCUCCUGUGCCGAGUAAGCCACGUGCACAAGGCGAAUAUGGUUCAAAUUUGCAAGAAAUCAACCGAUUGCUGUACUUGGUAGACCAUAGCCAUCUUUGAAACAGAGCGCCCCAGCGUGACAGCCUUGCAGUAUAAAAAUGACGCGAAUAACUCACGCGCUAAAUUAUUCAGAUAGCACUGCUAAUUUUAUCCAAAGUAUAUCGUGAGAUUUAUAUUGUCGUGAAGGUACUUUCCAAAUGCAUUUUUUGUAAUUAGAGUGCUAUUUGCUUUUGAAAAACAUCUGUUGAUAAAAGCAUUAAAUGUAAUUACGGUGAGUGUGCCAUCGUUGCAAAUACUGAACCGAUGUUCAAAUGUUGGUUUCAAUAAAA